UUAUUGAUUGUAGUUUUAGUGUUCUGUUACGAAAAUAUUCACUGCAAACGAUCGUGAUACAAAUUUUCCAAACGGUACUUGAUAACAUGUAAUUAUGCAUUCAAAUCGAGUGUUAUUAUCUUUGUUAUAAUCAGCGUCAUUAUUUAAUAUUAUUUAUAACUGUUUCGUACAUGAAUUACAACGCUUUGAACGUUAAAGGCACCAAAAUGGGCGGACAAAUUAGCCAAAACGUCGAAGCCGCACCUGUACCUCCGCCAAAGCCUGAGGAGCCAAAGAAACUGAAACCGUGUUGUGCAUGUCCCGAGACAAAGAAAGUACGAGAUGCAUGCAUCAUCGAAAAGGGUGAGGAGCAUUGUGGUGAUCUCAUAGAGGCGCACAAAAAGUGCAUGCGAGAUUUGGGUUUUAACAUAUAAGUUAUUGUGAAAUUAAUGAUUUAAACAGUUAUUAUUUAUGAAAAUAUUGAAAGUCUUGUUAGUAGGUUGGUAGAAUUGUAAAUAAACAUAACCUAGAAUAAA